AAGGAAAAAAUCCCUGAAACAAAGAAGAGCAGGUUGGAGAGGAUUGAAGAAGAUUUGGGAAGAGCAAGGGCGGCGAUACGCAGAGCGGUUCGAAUGCAAAACUAUACGUCGGACAGGGAAGAGAGUUUCAUCCCAAGAGGAGCAGUUUACAGAAAUCCUCAUGCAUUUCAUCAGAGUCACAUAGAGAUGGUGAAGAGAUUUAAGGUGUGGGCGUACAGGGAAGGGGAGCAGCCGCUGUUCCACGACGGGCCGAUGAAGCACAUAUACGCCAUAGAAGGGCAGUUCAUGGACGAGCUGGAGAGCAGGAAGAGCCAUUUCGCGGCGGCCCAUCCCGACGACGCCCACUCCUUCUUCCUCCCCGUCAGCGUCGCCUACAUCGUGGAGUACAUCUACCUCCCCAUCACCACCUACUCCCGCGAACGCCUCCAGCGCAUCGUCGUCGACUACAUCACCCUCUUGUCCCACAAGCAUCCCUACUGGAACUCCAGCUCCGGCUCCGAUCACUUCAUGGUCUCCUGCCAUGACUGGGCACCACAAGUUUCACAUGAAAAGCCAGAGAUCUUCAACAAUUUCAUCAGAGUUCUUUGCAAUGCAAACACCUCAGAAAAGUUUGAGCCCAAAAGGGACGUCUCCAUGCCGGAGAUCAACUUGCCGCCGGGAAAGCUCGGCCCGCCGCGUCUGGCCCACGGCCCAGACAACAGGCCCAUCUUCGCCUUCUUCGCCGGCGGGGCCCAUGGAGACAUACGAAAGAUCUUGCUCCACCAUUGGAAGGACAAGGACGAGGAGGUCCAAGUGCACGAGUAUCUCCCUAAGGGCCAGAAUUACACUGAGCUAAUGGCUCAGGCCAAGUUUUGUCUGUGCCCUAGCGGCUUCGAGGUGGCGAGUCCAAGAGUAGCGGAAGCAAUUUACGCGGGCUGCGUGCCCGUGCUAAUUUCCGAUCACUAUGCCUUGCCGUUCGCUGACGUUCUCGACUGGAGCAAGUUCUCCAUUCAGAUUCCGGUGAGAAAGAUACCGGAGAUCAAGACGAUUCUGAAAACGGUGUCGUAUGAGGAGUACUUGAGAAUGCAGGAGAUGGUGAUCAGAGUGCAGAGGCAUUUUGAGGUGAACCGACCGGCCAAACCGUUCGAUGUAUUUCACAUGAUUCUUCACUCGGUGUGGCUACGGAGGCUUAAUAUUAAGCUACCAUACUGA